AUGCAUCUUUAUUUAUCAUCAAAUCCUAUUAGAAAUACAGGAAUGAACUAUAUCAGAGAUUUAAUUCGAAAUAAUCGAAAUCUCCAGCAUUUAUCCUUAGAUGAUAUUGGAAUAUUAGAUCGUGGAAUCCAAAUUGUUAUUGAUGUACUUAGUUCAAAUUCACCAUCUAUUCGAUGUCUUGAUCUUCGAUCAAAUGAAUUCAUCAUAGAUGAAUCAGUAGAUUUUCUUCAUCAAAUAGUUAAAUAA